AUGUCUUCCCUCCACUAUAACCCCCCGCCGUCGUAUGCCGCCACGGUCCCGACGCCAAACUAUUCGACCGUGCCGCUUCCAUGCGAGGAACUCGUCGAAUUGGCGCUCAAUCCACCACCAUAUCUCACCCGCACCUCCUCCUCGUCUUCUUCAUCCUCUUCAUCUUUGGGCGAGUCAUCGUUGCAGAGUUCUGCUGCAAGCUCGAGUCGUCCGUCUACGAGCCAGGGAGCUCGUGUAGAAGAGCCCUCGAAACAUUUCAUCUUUUCAUCUGGCAAUAUUGAACUAGACCUCGGCCCCAAAGAUGGCGAUAUCCCGUCAUAUGGCUUGCAAGGACGAGUGCGCGGAGUAGUGAGGAUCAAGAAGAUGAACCACGUUCAAGGUAUCGUAAUCUCAUUGGAAGGACGGGCGCAAGUCACCGCGAUGCAAGGAGGACUCCCCUGUGGCCAUACAGAGCGCAAACUCCUCUAUGUCCCCUUGAAACUCUACACAAAGGAAUCUUCGGCAAAGGAAAGGCUCGUGCCACCCCAUCAUUCGACGGACCCAACAGCUGCGCCUAUCGCGCUUCCACCAACGUUUCGAAAUAGCCACCCGAGCAUGGAAGGGUGGAUCAAAUAUACGGUCAAGAUACAAGUCAUCAAGAGUGGCCUAUGGCCGCGCGACGUACUCGCCACGGUCGUCCAUUAUCUCCCAAAGUUUUAUUCUCUCCCAGAGACACUAUUAUGGCCAGCCAUCUCCCUCAUGGAUGCCAAACGGUUCGGAUUAGAAACCAACGAAAAGUGGAAGACGACACGCGCCUCCCUUUCAAGCAAGACACCAGUACAAGACGAGCCGACAAUGUCCGUCUCCAUUCCACGUACAGCACGCGCUGUAGCCAACUAUUGCUUCCCCGUAAACGUCACUCUCCGCAUCCCAUCCUCUUCGAUCCCCCGCAAAGCACGCACACAAGAAGGCAAACCAAUCACCUCGAUUGACGAUUUACUCGCAGACCCAACACGCGUCCAAAUCACCAUGAUCAAAACGACGACACUCACCACACCCACCGUUGGCGCAAAAUCUUCCCAAGUCACCACCCUCGCACGCGCAUAUCGUCAACAAAUCGAAGCCGAACUCGUCAGUCGACCUCAUGACGAACGAAUCAUUCGUGCUUGGUUCCGUGCCGGUAGGAAAGAGGGCGAGGCGAGUUGGGAGAUUCAGGGCUUGGUCGACGUACGGUAUGCGAUUCGGGUGACGGUCAGUUUGGGAGAAGGAGAAGGGUGCAUUUUCAAGCAUGAUGAAGAAGUCCGGAUGUUUAGUCAUUCGCUGGGUCAGUUUGAGUGCCCUUUUGAAGUACACGACGAACCUGCUCGAAAUUUGCUUCUCGCGUCUGCUUUGGGUAACAAUUUGACAAGGUUUUGA